AUGGCCUGCGACGGCCGCGUGUCGGCGAUGCUCCGCCGCAACCUGCAGCCCACGCUCACCUACUGGAGCGUCUUCUUCAGCUUCGGCCUGUGCAUCGCCUUCCUGGGGCCCACGCUGCUGGACCUGCGCUGCCAGACGCACAGCUCGCUGUCCCAGAUCUCCUGGGUCUUCUUCUCGCAGCAGUUCUGCCUCCUGGUGGGCAGCGCCCUCGGGGGCUUCUUCAAAAGGACGCUGGCCCAGUCCCUGUGGGCCCUCUUCACCUCUUCUCUGGCCAUCUCGCUGGUGUUUGUCAUCAUCCCCUUCUGCAGCAACGUGAAGAUGCUGGCCUUGGUCAUGGCGCUGGCGGGCCUGGCCAUGGGCUGCAUCGACACUGUGGCCAACAUGCAGCUGGUGAGGAUGUACCAGAAGGACUCUGCCGUCUUUCUUCAGGCGCUCCACUUCUUUGUGGGCUUCGGUGCACUGCUGAGCCCCCUCAUUGCCGACCACUUCCUCUCUGAGACUGACUGCUCACCUGCCAAUGGAACAGCCAACAUCACCUCCAGCAGCCGCCUGUUCCAUGCACACCAGGUCCUGGGCCAGCACCGCCCUGAAGUCCUGCCUCGGGCCAACCAGACGCACCUGGGGCCGCCUUCUGAGAGCUGGACGGGAACACAUGUGUCGUACGCCUUCUGGAUCAUGGCCUUGAUCAACCUUCCAGUGCCAGUGGCUGUGCUGUUCUUGCUCUACAAGGAGCAGCUGCUGACCUGCUGUCCCCAGAAGAUGCCCCUGCUCCUGCCUGCAGAUGAGCUGGCCCUGGAGACACAGCAGCCGCAGAUGGAAGAUCCCUCCUCGCUGCCCCCGAAGCUGCAGCCAGACUCAGGGCACGAGGACCUGUUUAACUGCUGCCAGAGGACCAACUUCAGAGGGGCUCCCAGUUCCUUCUUUGCCAUCCACAUCACAGCUGCUCUGGUCCUGUUCAUGACAGAUGGCUUGACGGGGGCAUACUCCGCCUUUGUAUACAGCUAUGCAGUGGAGAAACCCCUGUCUGUGGGACACAAGGUGGCUGGCUACCUCCCCAGCGUCUUCUGGGGCUUCAUCACCCUGGGCCGGUUCUUCUCCAUUCCCAUCUCUUCCCGACUGAAGCCAGCCACCAUGGUUUUCAUCAACAUGGUUGGCGUGGUGGCGACAUUCCUGGUGCUUCUCAUUUUCCCCUACAACGUCAUCUUCCUGUUUGUGGGGACAGCGAGUCUGGGGCUGUUCCUCAGUAGCACCUUCCCCAGCAUGCUAGCUUACACUGAGGACAUUCUCCAUUACAAAGGCUGUGCAACCACGGUGCUGGUGACGGGGGCGGGGAUCGGCGAGAUGGCACUCCAGCUGCUGGUUGGUUCGAUAUUCCAGGCUCAGGGCAGCUACAGCUUCCUGGUCUGUGGCGUGAUCUUUGGUUGCUUGGCGUUUGCCUUCUAUGUCUUGCUCCUGUUUUUCCACAGGAUGCACCUUGGACUCUCAUCAGCCCCUGCCCACGACAAAUCAUUUGGGAUGGAGUUUUCAGAGUGCUACCAGAGGGAGGUGAAGCUGGGGGAGGAAGGCACGUGA